AUGGCUGAACCCCAGCAGGCACCGGCCUCGCUGCUAUCACAAGUCGCAGACGGCGCAUACGUCGACGUGCUCACAUCGCCGGUCGCGAAAGAUGUCAUCGCCAGAUUCGCAUCCUGCCUCGCACAGACCAGCGAGCAGCAGGCGCCAUCUGGAUCCCUCCCCGAAGACGAGAUCACCGUCGGUCUUGCGGCGCUGAACGCCUUUUUGCAGUCUAAUGUCACCGGUCCCGUUCUGGAGAAUGUUGGAAGGGUAGAGAAUCUCUUUGUUGAUGCGCUUGCUGCGGCAGACACAUCCGCUGCCGAGGACACACUCAAGGUCCUGAGGAGGAAGAGUUUUAAGGAGUUGGAGGUUGACGGUGUCUCGCCGUAUCCGUAUAUCCCCAACAUCGAGCUCUUCGCCCUGGCACGACACAUCUUCAACGUCUCCUCCUCCACCGAGGAUGUGGUGACUCUCUCCGACGCCACGCGCCUCAGCGUCCCCUGGACCCGUCUGCGCAUCAACGUCUGGCACUUCAAACUGCUCAGCCAGCCAUCCCUCGGCCCCGGGUCCAACUUCGCCAAGGCGUCGCAGUGGAUCGACGUGCCCACGCUCGCGGAGCAGAUCACCGCCGGCCUCGACGCCGUGCGCAAGCAGCUGCUCGAUGAGGAUGUCUGGGCCACCGGCGAACGUGCCGCUUGGUCCCGCGAGGAGAAGGUGCAGUUCCUGCUGGAGGCGGCGAAUACGCACAUCAUGCUCGGCCGCGACGACAAGGCGCGCGAGGCGCUGAAGGAGGCGACGCAGUUGAAUAGCUUCGCGUACGCGCUCUCUGGUGCGCUGGGUAAGAGGACGAAGUUCCAGGAGAAGAGCACUUCUCAGCUUGUCGUCCUCGCGAAGUCCGACGUACCAGAGGAGGUAGCGGAGGAGGAAAAGACCGGGCCUGAGGCCGUGGCGCUCAACGACGACACCCUCCUCGAGGAGAUCCAGUUCUCCAAGGACGCGACGGGCAAGCACGGCGAACUCGCUGCUGCACCUUCUGCGCUACCGGCCGCCCUCGCGGAUCUCUCCCCAGAUGCGCAGCCCCGCCUGUCGCCCCUGGACCAGAUCAUCCUACUCACGGAGGCGACGCUGAAAGACACCUUCUCGCCGGUAGACACGUUGACUUCGGAGGAGGUCCUGCCGUACGCCGUGCGCGUAGUCUCGGACAAGCCGACAAACUGGCAGAUCUACACGCAGGCCCUGCUCGUGCGCUCCCGCAUCGAGGUGCACCGCAGCAGGACCGUCGAGCGCGGCGUGCUGCAGAUGCAGGCCGUCGUCGACCAGGUCGUCGUCGACACCUCAGAAGCGCCGCGCCCCAAGGCCGAAGACGUCGCUGACGUAGACGUGCCGGCUAUUGCAGUCACAUCACCCGACACCACCACAACAACAUCGCAACAACAAAAGCCAACCUCCUUCUUCCCCGCCGCAAAGGACACCGACACUGCCCCCGCACACGUCCGCCUGCAGUACAUCCACGCCCUCUCCUCCCCGCCGCGCUGGCACCUCGAGUCCGAACUCGCCUACUCCUGGGCCGGCGUCGGCUCCCUCGUCUCCGCGCUCGAGAUCUUCAAGCGCCUGCGCCUAUGGGCCGAGGUCGCGCUGUGCCUCGCCUCCUCCGCGUCCGCCGAUGACGAAGACGGCCGCGGUUCCGGGGGCGAGCAGAAGGCCCGCGCCAUCGUCCGCUGGCGGCUGUUCCACAAGACCGGCACCCCCGCCGCCGUCGAGCACGCCGACCCCGAUACGGAGCUGGAGGACGGGGAAGACGUCAUGUACCUUAAACCAGACGCCUUCCAGGGCCCGGAGCGCGUGCCGCCUCCGCCCAACGCACCGCGGCUGUUCUGCAUCCUCGGUGACCUGGAGAACGACCCGGCGCACUGGGAGCGGGCGUGGGAGGUCUCGAAGCACCGCUUCGCGCGCGCGCAGAAGUCGCUCGGCGAGCAUUGGCUGCAGCAGAAGGACUGGACCAAGGCGCUGGAGGCAUACCAGGCCGCGACGCGGUGCAACCGCCUCAGCCCGGAGCUGUGGGGCCGGCUGGGCGACAUCAGCCUGCGGAUGGGCAACUUUGCCGACGCGGCGGAGGCGUACGGGCGCGCGAUCGGGGCGGCGGGCGAGGUUGUCGGCGGGGAGGACGCGCGGACGUGGAGUAAUCUGGGGAGUUCGCUGUGGAGCAUGUACCUCGAGACGGUGGAGGAUCUGAAGAAGAAGAUGCUCGAUGAGAAGAACAAGGAGGAUGACGAUGAGGAGGAAGACGAGGUGGAGCAUGCGCAGAGCGACGUCAAGGACCCCGCGACGCUGCUCUCGCAGGCCCUGGCGGCGUACAAGCGCGGCGCGCAGAUUGCGCAGGAGAACUGGCGCAUCUGGGACAACGUGCUCACGCUCGCGUCGCGCAUGCGGCCGCCCGCGGUGCUGGACAUGGUCCUGGCGCUGCGGGCCAUCAUGCGCAUCCGCAAGACGGAGGACGCGCUCGACGACGACGUGCUGCGCGCGCUCCUCAACGAGGCGCUACUGACCAAGCAGAAGGCCGAGGACGACGGGCACGGGGUGUACACGCCCCCGCGCGGCACGGUGGAGCGCGCGGUGGUCGCGCUCUUCGAGGAGAGCGUGGUGCCGCUGAUCACGACGCGCUCGGAGCUGUGGGGGCUGGUUGUGAAGCUGCGCGUGUGGCGGCGGGAGUAUGCCGGCGCGGUGGACGCGGCGGAGAAGGGGUGGCGGGCGGCGAUGGGGGCCGGGGCGGGCGGGGGGUUGACGGCGAGCGCGGCGGGGACGGGGGGCGUCGGGGAGGGGAGGAAUUGGCUUGUGGAUAAGGGGGCGUGGGGGGUUGUGGUGGAGAGGACGGAUGAGUUGGUGGGUGUGCUGGAGAACUUUGGCGGCGAGGUGGAGGGGGUUGGGAGCAAGUGGAGGGGCAAGGCGAGGAGCGCGGUGAGGAGUGUGAUGAGUCGUGGCAAGGAGAGUUGGGAGGGGAGUGAGGAGUGGAGGGUGUUGGAGGGGCUGAUGGAGGGGUUGAAGUUGUGA